GAAUAGCAGAGAAGAAGAUUAAACCACCUUUUCACAGCAGAGGACCGAGGUGAAAACUAAACGUUAAUAAAACACCAAGAUAAUGUAAACAGCGGAGGUUAACCUGUGUGGGGUCAAUGUUCAGGUGCAACUUAGGAUCAUCUGUGAAGUACGUGGCCUUUCUAUCAGCUCUGGGACGCCAUCACAUCCUGCAAAACAGGAUGUCCACUUCGCCGAACCCAGUAGCUGCAGUCUGUCAAGUUACGGCAACCCCAGACAAGGAGUCCAACUUCUCUGCCUGUAAACAGCUGCUGGAGGAAGCCAGGCAGCGAGGGGCCUGCAUGGUGUUCCUGCCAGAGGGAUUUGACUACAUUGGAUCCAGCAGAGAGGAGACACUGUCAAUGUCAGAGCCUCUGGGAGGGGACAUAAUCUCCCGAUACACUCAACUUGCCAGGAAGUUGGAUGUGUGGCUGUCUCUAGGAGGAUUUCAUGAACGAGGACACGACUGGGAGAACGACAGACGUAUUUAUAACAGCCAUGUUAUCAUUAAUAACAAAGGUGACGUCCUGUCAGUCUACAGAAAGUCCCAUUUGUUUGAUGUGGAGCUGCCGGAAAAAGGUGUGUCACUCAAAGAGAGUGCCUUCACCAUACCCGGAGCCUCCCUGGUUCCUCCAGUCCAGACUCCAAUUGGCAAGGUCGGACUCGGCGUCUGCUAUGAUUUGAGGUUCCCUGAGUUAUCGCUUGCUUUGCAAAGACAUGGUGCAGAUAUCCUUACGUAUCCAUCUGCUUUCACGGUAGUAACAGGAGCUGCUCACUGGGAGGUGUUACUCCGUGCCCGGGCAAUAGAAACGCAGUGCUUUGUCCUGGCAGCUGCGCAGGUUGGCCGGCACCACGAAACGCGUUCGUCCUACGGCCACGCCUUGGCCGUCGACCCCUGGGGGGAAGUGGUGGGUGACUGUGGAGGGGAGAAGCCAGGCAUGGUGCUGGUGGAGGUCAACCUGGACAAAGUCAAUAGGACCAGGAAGAACAUGCCUGUCCAACAGCACCGCAGGGACUCUGCUUUUUACCACAGUUUGAGUCAAACCUGUUUGUGAUAAAAAAUGGGAAGAUAAAAUUGUCUAUUUCGGCAGGAGUGAAUGUCAGAAUUUCACUGAUAAAUAAAUAAGAAUAAAAGCUGU